AUAUUUUUCAAUAUUUUCAAAAAAUACAAACAUAAAACAACGUUUCGGCCGUCGAUUUCCACGAUUCUUGAGCUCUCCGUAGACUUUGCUCUCAAGUCGGUUCAACAAUUGUCUUCACAAAUUGAUCCAACACCAUAUAUCCAUAUAUAUAAUCUUACUUUUAGAUCUGGGAGUUCUCUCUCUCCCACACCUCAGCGCUCAGAUCUAAUGGCUCUGUCUCUGUCCUCCCGCUCCGUUUUCCUUUCCUUCCUUCUCUUCCUCUCUCUUUCCCUCUCCUUCGCUGAGAUCCGUGACACCCAGAUCCGAUCCGACGUCCGCCCCAUAAUCCCAUUCGACGAGUUCGGGUUCACCCACACGGGUCGCCUCGAACUCAACGUGUCUGGGAUCGCUAUAUCCGACCCGAAUGUGGACCUGUCAAAAGUCGGGUUCUUUCUCUGUACCCGAGACGCAUGGAUGCACGUGCUCCAGCAACUCGAAGACGGAGAAGUCACGUGCGCCCUCCUCUCCGAUUUGGUCAAGCCGGUUUUCACUUUCUCAAACCUGAAGAAAAACGGCGACAGCUUCAGUACAGUUUUUAUCGAGACCGACGCCGAUCAGUUCACGCUGGUUUUCGCCAACUGUUUCGGGAACCAGCUCAAGGUUUCGAUGGAUGUGAGAUCGGCGAUGUACAAUCUCGACGGGAAGAGUCAACGGCGUGACUAUCUCUCCGCCGGGAAAACGAUUUUGCCUAGGGUUUACUUCUUGUUAUCCUUGGGCUAUUUCUUCCUCGCCGGACUUUGGAUCUCCGUUUUGUACAAGAAGCGAUUGACCGUGUUCCGCAUCCAUUUCUUCAUGCUCGCGGUUCUGAUUCUCAAAGCUCUGAAUCUCCUCUGUGAAGCCGAAGACAAAUCGUACAUCAAGCGCACCGGUAGCGCUCACGGUUGGGACGUGUUGUUCUAUAUCUUCAGUUUCUUGAAAGGAAUCACGCUCUUCACGCUGAUCGUUUUGAUCGGAACUGGAUGGUCGUUUUUGAAGCCGUAUUUGCAAGAUAAGGAGAAGAAGGUUUUGAUGAUUGUGAUUCCUUUACAGGUUGUGGCGAAUAUAGCUCAGGUCGCGAUCGAUGAGAGCGGUCCCUUCGCGCAAGAUUGGGUUACGUGGAAGCAGAUCUUCUUGCUCGUCGAUGUGGUGUGUUGCUGUGCGGUUUUGUUCCCUAUCGUUUGGUCGAUUAAGAAUCUCAGAGAAGCCGCGAGGACUGACGGGAAAGCCGCGGUGAAUUUGAUGAAAUUGACUCUGUUUAGGCAGUACUACAUUGUUGUGAUUUGCUACAUUUACUUCACGCGUGUUGUGGUUUAUGCGUUGGAGACUAUUACUUCGUAUCGGUACCUCUGGACGAGUGUGGUGGCUGGAGAGUUAGCCACGCUUGCAUUCUACGUGUUUACAGGGUUGAAGUUCAAGCCCGAGGCACACAAUCCAUAUUUCGUGAUCGAUGAUGAGGAGGAAGAGGCUGCAGCCGAGCAAUUGAAGCUUGAGGAUGAGUUUGAAUUGUGAGUGCAGGAAAAGAGAUUUUGGGAUGGUGCAGUGUGAUCAAAUUGGGGAAAGCUGAGGUAGAAAAAACAAAAAUUCAAACUAUUACGAUUUAUAAUGUGGGUCUUUUGUUAAAUUUUAUUAUCAUAUAUGUGUUACUGUUUCUUAAUGUUGCUUGAUCUGCUGUGCCUGUUAAUUUUGAGUUUUAGUAGGAUAAUUUCAUAGACUCGUGUGCCUGUGAAGAACUGGAUAGUUUGUGUAUAUGUUUAAGUAAGUGGUAAUACUAGAUACUUUUGCAAUCAAA